AUGUCGCCAUGGUUAGCUACCCCAGCAGCACCUCCGUAUCUCCUUGUGUUGCGAGGGAAGGAUGUAGAGGAUGUGACGACACGUGACGACAUGGCGGCAGCUGACCUCAACUCGACUUUACCGUCAGCCAACGGCUCUGCGAAGAACAUGGACGUGACCUCAUCUCUGUUUGAAGCCGCCAUCUUAGCCUGGAAUGUGACUUGUCCUUGUAUUCUCGUGCUCGGGAACAUCGGCAACACACUGAUCAUAGCGGUGCUUUACAGGUCAAAGGUCAUGAGCUCCAACAUGGCCACUUACUUCCUGGCAAUAGCUGUGUCCGACCUGCUGGGCCUCAACCUGUACGUGGACCUGAGAUGGCUCAGAUACCAGUUCGCCAUCAAGACAUGGACGCUGCACGAAGCUGUGUGUAAGCUUGGUACGUGGUUACAAUACGCUAGUAACGCCAUGUCAACGUGGACACUGGUCGUCAUGGUAACCCAGAGAGCCCUCUCCAUCUUUUGGCCUCACAGGGUGAACAUUCUGUGCUCGCCACGGUCUGCUAAGUUUGUAAUCAUCGCUUUGAUCAUGUUCGCCGCGUUAUCUAACAGCCACUUUCUCUACUUCUCCACCAUCUUUGAGCUAAAGGUAGAAAACAUCACCAUCUUGAAAGAAUGUAAUGAGAACUAUGAGGAUGUAGCGACAUCCAUCGCCUUCAGCAUCUUUACGUGGAUCUACACGCUAACUUUCUCCCUACUGCCUUUCGUCGUCCUUCUAAUCGAUAAUGUCAUUCUAAUCAGGACGGUAGUGACGUCCACACGCGUGGCACGCAUGCGCCUGGCUGCGGGUAACGAGCAACAGCUGAUGACCCGCGAGAAGAAAGUGUCGUCAAUGACCCUGACGUUGAUCUUCACAUCGUUGUCGUUCUUCUUGCUCAGUUUUCCUUUCGGAGCCUUUGGUAUUUUUCAGAUGUUCUUUAACAACCAGCUGCUGGCCGAUGCCGCGACAUUCCAGUUGUUGUCUUUUGUUUGGAGCAUCUGCAGCCUGUUGUGGUGCUCUAACUAUGCCGUCAAUUUCUAUUUAUAUUUUCUAACCGGAAGAAGAUUCAGAGCCAAGUCUGCGGAAAUUUUGUGCUUGUUGCAAGAUAAAGGUCUAGAUGAAACGAGUAAAAAGAUCUCUGAAGAAGUCGACAGGAACGACUGUCCGGUGAGAGUAUCCUACAUGAGACAGUGCAGUGAGAUCACUGGAUAA